UUAAUUACGUAGUUAGGAUUUUGGAAGUGUGAAUAUUUCUAUCCCGGCGCUGGUGGUGUAGCAAAUACUCAUCUUUUCAGUUUGGGGGAUUGUGAGUUUGUUUAAGUGGGUGCCAAUUGAUUCUCAAUUGAAAAAUCAGAUGGCCAUAGCAGGACAGGACAGCUUAAUUUGAACGAGUCGCCCUGUUGGGGGUCAAGAAGCGUCGAUUGUUUCGAAAAGCUCGAGCAGAUUGGCGAGGGUACCUACGGCCAAGUUUACAUGGCCAGGGAAAUAAAGACCGGGGAAAUUGUUGCUUUGAAGAAAAUUCGCAUGGACAAUGAGAGAGAAGGGUUUCCCAUAACCGCUAUUCGUGAAAUCAAAAUUCUGAAGAAGCUCCACCAUGAGAAUGCAAUUAAGCUCAAAGAGAUUGUGACUUCUCCUGGUCCAGAGAAGGACGAACAGGGAAGACCAGAUGGUAAUAAGUAUAAAGGUGGAAUUUAUAUGGUUUUUGAAUACAUGGACCAUGAUUUGACUGGCCUUGCUGAUCGACCUGGAAUGAGAUUUUCAGUUCCCCAAAUUAAGUGUUACAUGAGGCAACUUCUCACUGGGCUUCACUAUUGUCAUGUAAAUCAAGUGCUUCACCGUGAUAUCAAAGGUUCAAAUCUUCUUAUAGACAAUGAGGGUAACCUCAAGCUUGCAGAUUUUGGUCUUGCUCGCUCAUUCUCAAAUGAUCACAAUGCAAACCUUACGAAUCGUGUUAUUACUUUAUGGUACAGACCUCCAGAGCUGCUUCUUGGGGCAACCAAGUAUGGUCCAGCUGUUGAUAUGUGGUCUGUUGGUUGCAUUUUUGCUGAACUCCUGCAUGGGAAGCCUAUAUUUCCCGGAAAAGAUGAGCCAGAACAAUUAAAUAAGAUAUUUGAGCUGUGUGGAGCACCAGAUGAAGUCAACUGGCCUGGGGUUUCCAAGAUUCCUUGGUAUAACAACUUCAAGCCAACAAGACCAAUGAAGAGACGUCUCCGGGAAGUUUUUAGGCAUUUUGACCGUCAUGCUUUGGAAUUGUUGGAGAAGAUGUUGACUCUUGAUCCAUCUCAGAGAAUAUGUGCCAAGGAUGCACUUGAUGCUGAGUAUUUCUGGACAGACCCACUACCAUGCGAUCCAAAGAGCUUACCUAAAUAUGAAUCAUCACAUGAGUUCCAAACCAAGAAAAAGCGUCAUCAACAGCGACAACACGAAGAAAAUGCUAAGCGACAGAAAGUACAACAUCCACAACCUCAUGCCCGUCUUCCGCCAAUUCAGUCUGGACAUGCACAUGCACAAAUGAGGCCUGGACCUAACCCACCCUUGCAUGGUUCUCAGCCACCGGUUGCUGCAGGGCCUAGCCACCAUUACGGGAAGCCUCGUGGACCUGCAGGUGGGCCGGAGAGGUACCUCGCAAAUGGAGCAAGUGGGGGAUACAACCACCCAAAUCGUGGUGGUCAGGGUGGCGGGGGAGGUUAUAGCAGUGGGCCGUAUCCACCACAAGGGCGGGGGCCACCAUACGGCUCAAGUGGUAUGCCCAGUGCUGGUCCGAGGGGUGGCGGAGGCAGUGGUUAUGGAGUUGGAGCUCCCAAUUACUCACUAGGUGGGCCGUAUGGAAGUUCCGGUGCUGUACGUGGCUCUAACAUGAUGGGUGGAAACCGCAAUCAACAGUACGGCUGGCAGCAGUGAUUUGAUGAUAUUAAUGUAAUCAAUGGCUCCGCUCCGCGUUUACUCGGUUUCUUAAAAGAAACGGAUUUGCAACUUUGGGUUGGAUUUGGGUUGAUCUUUAUGUAAAAUUUCUAACUAGAUAUAUUUUACAUUCCAGUCCCACGCUACACCUCAGGUCAGUCCUAUUGCAUAAGUAAUAACUUCACUCUUAAUGUUGUUUUCUUAACACAUGGUAGAUGGUUGGUUUUCAAAAGAAACACCAUCAAUGUCCAUCUUCUAUCCCAUCACCGUCAAUUAGGGCAGGCCAUGUGUUGUAAAGUUUUGGUCCUCCGUCUCAUGUAAUCUUUUUAUACAGUUUUUCAAAUGAUUUGUAA